AUUUCGCGAACUUCAACUUGCAAGUUAACCGUCAAUCGAAAGUUUGUACAGACCUUGAACCCCGGUUCAUUCGCACAGUGAAGCUCUCACAAUUAUUUUAUCUCCUAUCGACAAGCAAGGUAAAAUACAAGACAACUACCGAGUACUUACUUUGCAAUGGGCUCCCUCCCCUCCAGACAACUGGCUUUGUCUCUUUCCCGCGAAGAAGUUGCCACUUUCGUGACUUCUCUUGGUGGCAAUUGUGGCUGCUUCAAACCAUACGCAAGGUCCUUUGCCGAGAAUGGGGUGGAUGGCGAGCUUUUGGCAUCCCUCUCUACGGCCGAGUUUAUCGAUGCCAUGGAUGAAUUGAACAUCACUCACCAAGGUCAUCGUAGGGUCCUUUGCGACGCCUUUGAGGAAGUUUACGUGGACUUUGGAAGUAUUGAUCAUUCAAAACUCAUGGACGCCACCAGGUCUACCGCCAGACUCAGUUGCUCAGAUACGAUCUGCCGCUCUUGUGCGGUAAGGCGUGUUCCUGAUAGUGAUGAAGCUUCCUCCAUUGCCAAAACUCUCAGAGAAGAAUCUGAGUUGUUGGCUAUGGAAAAUCAGUCCUUGUGUCAAAGAAUUUCAGAACUGGAAGAGCAACAAGAGACCGAUGGCAACUACUACAGAGCACCUCCAACAGCGGGAAUAGUCACCAUCGUUUCGACAGACAUUCAAGGGUCUACAGCUCUCUGGGAGGCAGACGAAAGAGCCAUGCUGCAAGCCCUGCGUUUGCAUGACCAGAUCAUGCGCAAGACGAUGGCAGAGCACUACGGCUACGAGUGCGAAACCGAAGGUGACGCCUUUAUCAUGGCGUUUCAUGAGCCAUCUCACGCCAUUGCGUUUGGACUGGCCCUCCAGCAGAACUUGCAUCGAGCAUCGUGGUCGGAUAAGAUUUUGCGUCUAACGGCAUCGUCUCUGUCAACGAACGACGGUCGCCGUGGCUUGCGCGUCCGCAUAUGCAUCCACCAAGGCCAAGUUACGACAUUUGCCAACCCCGUGUCCGGACGACUGCAGUAUGCUGGACCCGCCAUGAAGAUUACCAAGAAACUGGAAGGGCAAGCUCAAGGAGGGCAAAUCCUAACUACUCUUCAGACAUGGAGGGACGCAACCACUCACAGCGCAGAGCUGCAUCAAAGGGCGCGUGUUUCCUUAGUUGACCCGAGCUUGAUGUUUCCAAUGGAUCAAGGGAUUUGCUCGGUACAAGUAGUUUCUGCGGAUGGUUUGUAGAUGCUUGCUCCAUCAAACUUCCCCCUGCUUUCUUCGAAGACCUUCACAGUUUUUAAGUACAUGUACUUCCUGCAUACCAUAUGUAAGAAUACCUCCUUCAACUUC